UACAAUGUUAUCACAGGUCACGGGUCCAGCUCUAGCUCUUGCCUUACAUCCGAUUCUCCACUCUUAUUUACCUGCUAUCGUGAAGUUUGUGAGUGUCUAGUCUGUAAGAGCACUGACUUACCAGCAAAGAUGGCGUUAUCUGACACAGAAGUGGAGAAACAGAUUAAACACAUGAAGAAAUUCAUUGAGCAGGAGGCUAGGGAAAAAGCCGAGGAGAUCAUGAUCAAGGCGGAGGAAGAGUUCAACAUUGAGAAGGGCCGUCUGCUGCAGAACGAAAAGAGAAAAGUUUCUAACUAUUACGAAAGGAAGGAAAAACAACUCGAGGUUCAGAGGAAAAUUCAACACUCUAACAUGCUGAAUCAGGCACGUCUUCGAGUGCUCAAGAGUCGUGAUGACAAUAUCAGUGAUAUUCUGGAGGAGGCCAAAGGUCGUCUUGGGGAGGUUACCAAAGAUGCAGCAAGGUGGAGGAACAUGCUCGGAGAUCUUAUCACCCAGGGUAUCUACCAGCUGCUGGAGCCUGAGGUGACAGUGCGGUGUAGGCAGGUGGACAUCAACCCUAUCAAGGAAGUUAUUCCCACUGUAAUGGCCAACUAUACCAAGGGGACCGGCAAAACUUGCAAGAUCAUUGUGAAUGAAAGUAACCCUCUACCCUCUGAAGUCGCUGGAGUGGAAGUACUCGCUCAUGAUGGCAAGAUAAAGGUUGUGAACACUUUGGAUAGCAGACUGGAGCAGCUGGCAAGACAGAUGAUGCCAGAGAUUCGGACCACUCUGUUCGGAGCCAAUCCAUCGAGACACUUCAUGGACUGAGUGAAUGGCUAGAUGAACGAUUAGAUUUAUUGAACUGUACUGUCGUUUAUGUGAUCUAUAGCUGUUGUAGUGUUCAAUUGAUUUUGUAAGUAUUAAUUUUGUUUCAUGCUACAGUGUAUGUGUUUGAAGAGUACUCUUGAAGACUAAAUAUUUUGCAUAAUUAAAAUCAUGAAGCUUACAA